AAACGUAAACAAAUUUAAGCAUUAAUAAUAAGUCACUAAAUUUUAAUCUUAAAACAAGCCAUAAAAAUGAGCGAUGCGGAGGAAACAAAAUCAAAAGAAACCACUAAGGUUUUCUUCAAGAAAUCCGGCAGAAAAAACUUAAGACAACGAAAGAACUCUGACGAUGAAGAGAAGGAGGAACAACUAACCCUAGAUGAGAUCAAGGAGCGCCAGCGUCUAAGACAGCGACCCAAUGGAGUCAGUUUAGUAGGACUAGCACUGGGCAAGAAGAUCGCUCCCGAAGAAGAGCUGGCCAUCAAGGAUCCUUUUAAUGUGAAGACUGGUGGCUUGGUCAAUAUGCAGCAGUUAAAAUCUGGCAAGAUGAAAGAGGUAGACGACGCCUACGACGUUGGCAUUGGCACACAGUUUUCGGCAGAAACAAACAAGCGUGAUGAAGACGAGGAGAUGAUGAAGUAUAUUGAGCAGGAGCUGCAAAAACGUAAGGGAGGAGGCACAGAAGCUCCAGCCGAGGACGAUGGGGAUGUGAACAAAUACUUGACGCCCGAGGAUGCUGCUUUGUACGCUCUGCCCGACCAUCUGAGACAGUCCUCAUCGCACAGAUCCGAAGAGAUGUUGUCCAAUCAGAUGCUGAAUGGUAUUCCUGAAGUUGACCUAGGCAUUUCGGCUAAAAUCCGCAACAUAGAGGCCACUGAAGAGGCAAAGCAGAAGCUGCUACAGGAUGCCAAGAACAAAAAAGACGGUCCCUCACAGUUUGUUCCUACCAAUAUGGCUGUGAACUUCAUGCAGCACAAUCGAUUUAACAUCGAGGAAAACAGCGAUCAAAGGAGGCGUAAAAGAGAGGAAAAAGAUGGCAAGUCGGCUCACCAUCAGACGAAUCCCAAUGGAGUCAAGAGAGCUACGGAUGACUACCAUUAUGAUAAAUUUAGGAAACAAUUUCGACGAUAUUAAAGGAGCGAGCAAUAAAAAAUGCAAUGGUUUUAAGUGCAAAAAUUUC